GCCACACAGUUUGAUUUUGCCUCGGAGCGUGUCAGUUUCCCCUCAGUCUCUCAACGCUUUACUCUCGACAUUGAGCUGUCUGAGCUGCAGGAUGACCCGUUGGGCCCAUAUCGCUCCCCUCCUGCUGGGUCUUCUCAUCCACAGUGCUGUCAGUCAAGAGGCUGAGGAUCCUGCUGUAGCACCAGCGCAGGGCCAGGCCGCUGCUGGCUCACAGACGGAGGAGGAAAACGCAGAGUGGGCAAUGAAUUCCCUUAGAGGCAGCUUUGAGUCGGUCGGCGGAUACUUUGAUUCAAUGCUAGAGUUCAUGGGCGGACGUGAUGGAGUGUGCCAAUACCACUGUCGCUAUGGUAAAGACCCUAUUCCUCGUCCUGGCUACCAGAUGCCACAGCCUGAUGGAUGUGGCUCCUACAUCUUUGGGCUUCCUGUUCCUGAGGGGAUGGACAUGGGCAUCCCGGCCAUGACCAAGUGCUGCAACCAGCUGGAUAUGUGUUACGACACUUGCGGCUCCAACAAGUACCGCUGCGACUCCAAGUUCCGCUGGUGCCUCCACAGCAUCUGCUCGGACCUCAAGAAGAGUCUUGGCUUUGUGUCAAAAGUUGAAGCAUGUGAAACCGUGGCCGACACCUUGUUCAACACAGUGUGGACUCUGGGCUGCAGACCCUACAUGAACGGCCAGAGAGCCUCAUGUCUCUGUCAAGGAGAGGAGAAAGAUGAACUUUAAAGCAUGAAACACUCUAUUUAUAACGGUAUCAAUUUAGCAGGUGUUGCAAAGACGACUGUGUGACUAUUUGAGUAAUUUAUUUGGAAGUUAUUGUUCUGGUUUUGUUCAAAGUCAUUGCAUGACCUCGAAAUGAAGAUGUUAUUGUUAAGAGUUCAGCUUUGUCACAAACCCAAAAUGUAUUUGUUUAUUUGUCAAUAGUGUUUGUGUUUAAGCACGAAUGGUGGAAAAGAAAAGCAAUAGCCUCUUUUGGGUAUACGUAUUACCAUCUUGUACUUAAUGUUCUGUAGGAAUAAAUGUUAUGGAAACAUG